UCACACUGGAGAAGCUGGAACCAGACACUGUUUUGACAUGUUUGAUUGAUCAGCAACUUAAAGGAUCAAUCAUCCAAAUUUUAGAUGAUGAAUUUCUUGUUGAUUGACUAUGGAUUUUACUAAGCUGUUAACAGAGUCAGUGAAGCCGGUGGAGACGGCCUCUCGACGUCGAUCCCUCUCAGGAGAACAAAGGAGGCUCCUCUCACACUUGAACCACAGCAGAGCAGCAGUUUUAGCUUCCAUCGGACUCAUGACUGUUUGACGGGACACGGCCCCACCGUGGCCCAUGCACUGUACCCGUUUCCCUCCCUGUCCUCCUUAUCCCUCAAGCUGACGCAAAACCCCAGACACCUCCCCCCCCUCCCCCACCCCCACUCCCACCCCAUCCCCAGCGACUCGCCGCCUCCCGCCAUGGCGUCCGGCACAGAGACCGUGCACUACAUCCACCUUCACAACUCCAGCCAGUCGGUCCUGGAGGCGCUGCGCACACAGCGGCGCGAGGGUCUGUUCUGCGACGUGACGGUGCGGAUACACGACGCAUCGCUGCGCGCCCACGCAUGCGUGCUGGCGGCCGGCAGCCCCUUCUUUCAGGACAAGCUGUUACUGGGUCACUCUGAGAUCUCCGUGCCUCCGCUGGUGCCCGCCGAAACAGUGAAGCAGCUCGUGGAUUUCAUGUACAGCGGUUCACUGGUGGUGCUGCAGUCACAGGCGCUCUGCAUCCUCACCGCGGCGAGCAUCCUGCAGAUCAAGACGGUCAUCGACGAGUGCACCCAGAUCAUCUCUCAGAGGAAGGCGGCGGCGGGGGCCGCGAGCGCGGCUGCGGCAGCGGCGGCAGCAGCAGCAGCGGGAGGGGGGAUGCUCGGAGGCGUUCUCCCUAAACAAGAAGAGCGCGGCGGGGGGAAAGGGAGGGAGAGCGGCGGCGGUGGGAGUUGUUCCGGUGGUGCUAGCGGGGGCGGGGGUUACCCAAACUUCUCUAACUUCAUGGCUGAAUGUGGAGCGAGUAACAUGGGCGGGGGGUUGGCGACCGGCGUUAACGUCAGCGAGAGCAGCCCGAUGGAGCAAGCCAACACCGUGAGUCUGAUGGUGCUGGGCGACAUGGGGCCCGGCUCCAUGUGCAGCACCGACGGGCUCGGCCCCGGCGCCGGCGCAAUCCUCAUGAAGCAGAACUCCAGCUGUACUCAGGACGUCAGGUACAAGCUCCGAGACCUGUUGGGGCACACGGCCAACGGAGCCAGCACUAGUAGCACAGGGAACCUCUCGGCGGGCUGCAGCUCCGGUGUGGGCAGCGUGGACAGCAUCGGCAGGGACAGCCUCCGCGGCAACACAACCGACCUCUCUGAUGACCUGGUGGGGAUGGAAAGGUACAGCGAGGAGGAAGACCUGGACGGGAGAGAGCGGGGAAGAGACGGAGACCGAGACAGGGGGGCGGGCCACAGCCGCAAGCAGAGGCAGCCGCUAAGACUCCAGGUGCUGGGAGGAGAGGGAGUGGUGGUGAAAGAUGAAGGGGGUCAGGACACGGACGGGAAUGUCUACACCCUGGAAGACGGGAGACGAGAUGGAGAGCAGGAGGGCUCCCAGGAAUCCAUGGCAGGAUUUGGACAGGAUUUCUACGAUGAGCAGGGGGUUUUUUCUGAGAGUUUCUGGCCCCAGAGCGAGCCUCCUCAGGCCAUGGCUUUUAACCCCAGAGGACGGGUCAACAAGCCGAUGACUCCGCCUCCGACCACACAGUCCAUCAACAACCAGCUUCUUUUCCAGUACCCAGUGAGCCAGUCGCAGCCAGCUCCUUUUUACGUGGGCGGACCCAUGGGUGGGAUUGACACCAUGGCGGGGUCCGAGCCCGGUCAGCAGGCUCCGCCCCCGGCACCGAUGACCCCGGCCCCGCCUCCCUCCGCCACGUCCUGCUCCGCCGGCCCCUCCCCUUCCUCCCAGGGAUCUGAGACCUCGUUCGACUGCACGCACUGUGGCAAAUCUUUACGUUCCAGGAAGAACUACAGCAAGCACAUGUUCAUCCACUCCGGUCAGAAACCUCACCAGUGCUCCAUCUGCUGGCGCUCCUUCUCCCUGCGUGACUACCUCCUCAAACACAUGGUGGUGCACACUGGCGUCAGGGCCUUCCAGUGCUCCAUGUGCGGCAAGCGUUUCACCCAGAAAAGCUCGCUCAACGUGCACAUGCGCACCCACCGUGCCGAGCGCACCUUCCAGUGCAACGUGUGCCACCGGGCCUUCACCCACCGCACCUUGCUGGAGCGCCACGCCCUGCAGCACGCUCACCACGCCCCCCAGGGCCAGGGGCGUGGAGCCGACAUGACCUCACCUACCAAGCACAGUCCUCCGGCUCUCGGAGGGCCCUCAGGUAUGGCUGGCGCGGCUGGCAUGGUCGGCAGCAUGGCCAACAUGCCCAGCCACGGAGCUUCCUCCACCUAGAGAGAGAAGGGGAGGGAACGGGGGGGGGAGAGAGAGAAGGAAGGAGGUGAGUUAGCCCAUUCCUUGAACCAACACUUAUUUGGUCCUAACAGCCUUGUUGAUCCUUUGUUCAAGUGGGAACAGCGCUUACAGGUUCUCAUUGUUUUAGCUUAGCGUCACUUUCAAUCGGGGUUCCUACACAGGUCCGGAAGGCGUUAGGAAGUUGAGAAAUUGUGUAAAUUUAGAAGUUGUUUUUUUUUGUUUGGUUUUUUUGGGGAUUGCACGAAAGUUCCUGGAAAAGUUUGUAAAAAAAAGUACUGUUUCCUUCCCUCAGAAACCCAUCUAGUAGUCGUCCUGUGUUACAUUUGCUGCUGUGAGGACUGAUCAUAAGCUAUAGAAGAACAUCGCUAUAAACGACCAUGCACAGUGUUAAACUGCCAUUCAAAAAAAAUAAACCAGCAAAAAAGGUUUUAAUUUUGUUGAAGGGAGGAAAAAAAAUAAUCUUUAAUUUUUUUUUUUUUUAUGGAUCAUGUGUAGGAACCCUGUUUCAAAGACACCAGAGAGUCACCAAAGAGGUUAGGAGUAGAGAGCAGGUUUGGGAGUUGAAGGAGUUGAAGGGUUUCUAGGUGGAGUGAGGGGGGGCGGGGGGGGUUGGGGUUAUAAGGCGAUGCAAGUUAGGGGGUUUCAAGGGGGGAGGAAGGGUUGGCGGGGGGGGGGGGGGGGGUUGCAGGGUUUGAUUCACUGUCAAUUCAUUUAAUUCUCGUUAAAAAAAAUUUGAGUUCGGUGUCACGGCCUUAAGAAGUUCCUGCUGUUGCCAAGUGCUUAAAGUACAAAAAUCAACACAACUGGGUUUUUAUUUGUUUUGUUUUUUUACAACCAGCCUGAUUUUAAUGUUUUUACCCUGUUAGACUUUAAUGUAGCGACGUCGCUGCGUUCCCAGUUUUCAGCAAUGACAACAACAACAAAAACAGUAUUUUCCUUUAAAGUUGGAGAAGAGAUAACAUAUUAACCCUUUACAUACUGUUCAUAUUUUACAGCCUCGCAGUUGGUUCCCUUCAUAAAAAGUGUCUAAACCACAUUUUGAACCACAGAUGUGUUUAGAAAGCAUCAAUAGUCGAUCUGACUGAUCAAUAAAUGUGAUUAAACCUUGAUUUUAGCUUUUACAUCACUCAUUUAUAGAGAAAAAACAUCUCCUAUCACACAAUAUCAUGUCCUAUUUUACCUAAGACAUGAAGAUAUAACAUAGCAAUAAUGUUUAAAAUGUUAUUUUAUUGAAACUUACAGACUUUAUGGAGUUGUGGGGUUUAUUGUAUAACCAUUAGAGCCAUCAGUCUUCACUGCUACAUCAUAAAAAGAAAUCCUCAUAACUACUAUCUUAUUAAAACUAUUAAAACUAUUAAUUUAAAGCUGCAGUUGGUAACUUUGAGGAGAGAGAGGACUUAGCGUCAAAUUUGAAGAAGUACAACUUUCAGAUCCCUCCCCCUCCCUCUCCGCUGCACUCCUGCCCUGCCUCCAAAGUCCCUCCCACAGAGGAGGCUGACGUGCGAGCGACGGCAUGCGACCGUGUAUGCUGUUGCUGGUAACGGAGGUAUCGGUAGUUCUGUCCUCGCUGAUUGUUGUUGCUGCGCCAUAACCAUAGACUGUAUAUAAAAUGGACGUAGCAUCCGUGACGUCACCCAUUGGUUUG